AUGGGAGUGAAGCGUCUUGUGUCAUCUCUGCCUCAAAUGGAACCAAUGCCCAAAAGAAGUUUAGAAGUAGAAAAAGGCGAUUCCACAAAACAACAAGUCCACUCCGAUUUUUUAGUUCACAAACUAAGGGAAACCGCCGCCUCUAUCCGCGAACAAACUAAAGCCAGUGAGAGUAAUAAAGAGGAAAGGGAGAAGGAAACAACCAGUUGGCUCGCGCUGGCUCAAUGUAUACCUCAUUUGAGUCUAGCAAAAGCACAUACCAUAACAGUACAGGCUCACAGCGAUGGGCAGGCUACGGUGCUUGCCACGUGGAGGGAUAGGGCAAAUAUGUAUUGUGAAUCAUUGCAACGCCACGGUUUGACCGUUUCCACGAUGCAUACAAAUCAGAAUGGCAAUUAA